AUUGUUGAAGCCACAAGGUCCCGCUUCCACCAGGCACAGAGAUGCCCCAGCACUCGAUGGGGGACAAACCCUUUGUCUCGAUGCUGCCACUCCCCUUCCCCAGUCCUGCGUCAGCACUGGAAAAUGGCAUCGAGCACACCCUGCCCAGCAGAAGGAUGUCCCUGGGCUCACCCCUGAGCCCUGGCUCCCUGCACUCUGCCACCCACAGCCCACUGGACACCUGCAGCCAGCCCCUGUGUGACUCUGAGAAGCACAGUGCCCAGGCGGCCCAUGAGGUGCCCUACCUCUCGGCUGGGCCACAGAGCACAGCGUGUGGCUGGUUGGCCUUCACACCCAUGUGCCUACAGGCCUUCAACACGCCCAAGGGCUUCCUGUUCUUCCUGUGCGCGGCCUCCUUCCUGCAGGGCAUGACCGUGAACGGCUUCAUCAACACCGUUAUCACCUCCAUCGAGCGCCGCUUUGACCUGCACAGCUACCAGAGUGGGCUCAUCGCCAGCGCCUAUGACAUUGCCGCCUGCCUCUGCCUCACCUUCGUCAGCUACUUUGGGGGCAGCGGGCACAAGCCACGCUGGCUGGGCUGGGGUGUGCUAGUCAUGGGUGCCGGCUCGCUGGUGUUCGCUCUGCCCCACUUCACCACCGGUCACUAUGAGGUGCGGGAGGACGCAUGGGUGGCGUCGUGCCCGGCCAACCGGAGUGUAGCAUGCGGGGACAGCACCUCAGGCCUGUCCAGCUACCAGCUGGUCUUCAUGCUGGGCCAAUUCCUGCACGGCAUUGGCGCCACACCCCUCUACACACUGGGUGUCACUUACCUGGACGAGAAUGUCAAAUCCAGCUACUCGCCCGUCUACAUUGCCAUCUUCUACACUGCGGCCAUCCUCGGGCCAGCCGCCGGCUACCUGAUUGGAGGCGCCCUGCUCAACAUUUUCACAGAAGUGGGCCAACGAACGGAGCUGACCACUGAGAGCCCACUGUGGGUGGGUGCCUGGUGGAUUGGCUUCCUGGGCACAGGGGCUGCCGCUCUCCUCAUUGCCAUUCCCAUCCUUGGCUACCCCCGCCAGCUGCCAGGCUCCCAGCACUACGUGGUCAUGAGAGCAUCAGAAACGCAGCAGCUGAAAGUUGACAGUUGCAAGGCUCAGAGCAACCCGGAUUUUGGGAAAACGAUCCGAGACCUGCCCCUCUCCAUCUGGCUACUCAUGAAGAACCCCACGUUCAUCCUCCUCUGCCUGGCGGGGGCCACUGAGGCCACACUCAUCGCUGGCAUGUCCACAUUUGGCCCUAAGUUUCUCGAGUCCCAGUUCAGCCUGAGUGCCUCCGAAGCUGCCACCUUGUUUGGGUACCUGGUGGUGCCAGCAGGUGGCGGCGGAACCUUCCUGGGUGGCUUCUUCGUGAACAAGCUCAAGCUCCGUGGCCCUGGGGUGGUCAGGUUCUGCCUGCUGUGUGCCCUGGCCAGCCUGCUGGGCAUCUCUGUCUUCUCCCUGCAUUGCCCCAACGUGCCCAUGGCAGGCGUCACGGAUGGCUACGAUGGGAGCCUGUUGCCUGAAGGACACCUGAACCUCACGCUGCCCUGCAAUGCAGCCUGCCACUGCCAGCCAGAGCAGUACAGCCCCGUCUGUGGUUCGGACGGCCUCACCUACUACUCGCCCUGCCAUGCAGGAUGCCCUGCAGCUGCUGAGACCAACCUGGGUGGCCAGAAGGUGUACCAAGACUGUAGCUGUCCUCAGAAUUUUUCCUCUGGUUUUGGCCAUGCCACUGCAGGGAAAUGCACUUCAACUUGUCAGAGAAAGCCCCUCCUUCUGGUUUUCGUAUUCGUUGUAAUUUUCUUUACAUUCCUCAGCAGCAUUCCAGCACUAACGGCAACUUUACGGUGUGUCUGUGACCGGCAGAGAUCCUUUGCCCUGGGAAUCCAGUGGAUUGUGGUUAGAACACUAGGGGGCAUCCCAGGACCCAUCGCCUUUGGCUGGGUGAUCGACAAGGCGUGUCUGCUCUGGCAAGACCAGUGUGGCCGCCAAGGCUCCUGCUUCGUGUAUCGAAACGCAGCCAUGAGCCGCUACAUGCUCGUCGUGGGGCUCCUGUACAAGGUGCUGGGCUUCCUCUUCUUUGCCACUGCCUGCUUCCUGUACAAGCCCCCAGCAGGGUCUUCAGAUGGCCUGGAAGCUUCUCUGCCCAGCCAGUCCUCAGCCUCCUGCAACCCCACGGACUUGCAGCUCCAGAGCGAUGUCUGACCAUCGACCCACCCACCACAGGGACACCAGCAGCCCCUUGGCACUUCCCAAGCUGUGCACACGUUCAGUUUCUUCUCUGAAGGGCCAACUUCUCACCCACGCUGCAGAGCUGAGGCCCUUGGAAAGGCAUGCACUGGUUCUGGGGCCUAUGGCGCUGUCUCUGGGGGGACUGGAUCACAACAUGAGGCACAUCCAAGAUGAAGCUCCUGAGCAUGGCCCGUGGAGGCUCAUGGCUGCCCACCUACCGGACUUGCCAUGGGCCUCUGAUCCAGAGUGAAGGCCCACAUGAGACGUAGUUCCCCGGAGCAACUCUGCACAGGAACCUUCUGCUCGGCCUGUGGUUUAAAGUCUGCUGUGACCUCCUGUCCUCAGAGUGGAGUAGCUCUGCAGUUGGGAGCAAUGUGCAUAAAUAUAAAUUUAUGGACCAUAUUUUGCAUAAGAGCAUAUUUAUAGAAUUUGUUUUGUACCGAGUGUGUGGGCAGGGGCUGUGACCCCAACUGGGAGGAUGCAGGGCUGUCUGCCAUGGAGGGUUUGUUUCUGUGUGUCCUAGUCAAAACUGCACAUGUAAUAUAUUUUCUUAUUUAAACAA